AUGCCACCGAAGACCAGAACAGAUAAAAGCAGUCGAGGAGACACUCAGUUGUGGUCCAACCGAAAGGCAGUAUUGAUAUCGAUGUCAAUUGCCGUUACAUUUCUGGCCGCCACUUAUUACGCUUACAAUCAGUUCGGUCAGCGAUACGUAUCAGUGCCUCACUUGCACUCACUGACCGACCGAUUAGUUUGGACUCUUCGUUACCAAGUGUUGGGUCUGUCAGUAGUCAUACUAACAACUAUUAAUGUAUGGGUAAGCCGUCUAUUGAGUCACGCUAUUAAUCCAUUGGCCGGAUAUGAAUCGGUUGUCGAGAGAUCCAAUAAGAUCUUAACCAACACAUUGGAACAGUUUGUCAUGAAUGCCAUCAAUCAACUAAUUCUGUCGACCUAUUUAUCAGAAAGCAAUUUACGAUUUAUUCCACUAUUGAAUGUAUACUUCUUGAUCGGUAGAAUUGGAUUCUGGAUUGGAUACCAAAUUGCACCCAAAUAUCGCAUCUUUGGAUUUAUCGUAACUUUUGUUCCGACUCUUUUGGUCUUUUCGUUGAACGCGUACUUCCUUUCGACCACAAACAGCAACUUUCUCUUCGAUGGCGGCAAACCUUUCGGACGAACCAUUUGA